GCCAGGACAAAUGACCAGCGCGCCAGCGCAUCGCAGGUCACAUUUCCAUUGCACUUCAACAUGACACCAGCAUCCAAGCAGCUAGAAGCGAUCGCCGAUCGCAUUAGCCCGAUCCAAGACCGACUUCACUCGCGCCUACCGCACCAGCACCAGAUCGUGGCCGCCGCCAUCACCGGCGCCAAGUGGCUCUGCGCAGCGCUCCCCAAGAAGGACCAUGCGAUGAUCUACAAGAAGACGAUGCUGCAGCUCCAAGCCUACCGCUUCCGCGUCUUGGAGCAAGGCGAGCUUUUGACGCGCCUCUUGUGCGACCUCGACCUGGUGCUGAGCGAUGGCGACCAAGCCAUUCGCCUCCAGCGCAAGCAGACAGUCCUUCGCAUCCAAGACCUCCUCCGUGACGCCGAUGUGCUCAAGGCCAAGUGCGACCAUCUCUCGGUCUUUGCGUCGCGUCUCCUUGCGCCUUUUGCCCCCGAGACGCCUCCGCCCUCGCCGAGCAAGGCUGUAGACGACAAUCUUGACAACCAAUGCGAAGACGACGACGACCAAGUCGAUGAGCCCAUGGACAACGAGGCCGACGACGAAGGCAGUGACCAAGACGAUGACAAUCAAGAGGACGACCAGAACGGUGCCGAAGAAGAGGAAGAAGAUGAAGAAGCGGAAGACGAAGAGAUGGCGAACGAGCCGCUGUCACCCGCAGAUGUGGCCAAGCUGCCGAUUUGGCGACCGGCGUACGAGAUCCGGCGGCACUCGGACGGUCUCGCUCUCGUGGCCAACCUGUCGGGUGUCGAUCCUGCCAAUCUGAGCUUGUCGAUCACCCCCGACGGCGUCUUGCAAGUGACUGGCUACAAGCUGCCGUCGAUGACGUCGCCCGCCUACGGCCGCUUCGUCCUUCGCGAGCAGUUUCCCCUCCAGUUGAUUGACGUUCGCAACCUCUCGUACCAGCUCCAUCCCAACGGCACCCUCGUCGUCGUCCUGCCGCGACGACCCGUCCACCGCCCUCGUUCCAUGCACCCGUCGCUUCGAUCCCCGUUCCUGCAAGCGCCGUUCGUGUGGUAACGAGGCCUCUACUGCACUGCGUUCUGCUCUUAUAUAAUACACGUAUUUAUAUAUUAAGACCAUAUUUUCCACC